AUGGCAAAUAUACAACGUUACAAUUUACACUUAACUAGCGCAUUUGAGGCGUUUGCAUUGGUGUUACCAAACUCAGCGGAGGUAUUUUCGAUGCCCUUUCGAUUACCAUUUUCAUGUUUACGCAAUGAACAAAACGUGAUGACGGAAUCCCCAACGUUUGGCGCUGUUGUACAAGCAUGAUACGUGCGCUGAGUGUCAUUGCAUCGAGGAACAUUGGAAAAAUAGGGGAAUAUUGUAAACCCUAUGCCUUCCUGACUCCUUGCAAACAUAAGUUAAAUUCUUUAUUUUUUUGCACGAAACCUACGGACACGCACAGUGCAAUGGAUUUGAGUGGCAUGAGAAAGAAAUACAAAGGAGACGAUCAGUGUUUCGAAGAGGAUCAGUUGGUUUCGCUGGACCCUAUAAAACAGUUUGGUGACUGGUUUGAGCAAGCGACGAAAUGCCCAGAAGUUGGAGAGGCUAAUGCAAUGUGUAUUUCCACUGCUACCAAAGAUGGACGCCCAUCUGCACGGAUGGUGCUGCUGAAAGGCUUCAGUCAUGAGGGCUUCCGCUUCUUCACCAAUUAUGAGAGCCGCAAAGGCCAAGAGCUGGAGAGCAACCCAUAUGCUUGCCUAGUGUUCUACUGGGAGCCCUUAAACAGACAGGUCCGCAUUGAGGGCAACGUGGAGCGAAUCCCCUUCCAGAGCUCCUGUGAUUACUUUCACUCUCGUCCCAAGAGCAGCCAAAUCGGCGCUGUGGUGAGCCGCCAAAGCACGGCGAUACCAGACAGAGAGUACCUGAGACAGAAGAAUGCUGAAUUAGAAGAAAGGUAUAAGGACACUGAUGUCCCAAUGCCUGACUAUUGGGGGGGAUACAUCGUCAAGCCUUACUACAUUGAGUUUUGGCAAGGCCAGACCAACAGGCUCCACGACCGGAUAGUGUUCACAAGACCGAAAAAGGGAGAGCCAGAGCUGAAGGACAUGCAGCACCACGCAGAGGGGGGCUGGGUCUAUCAGAGGCUGUCGCCUUGAUUGACAUCCCAUGCCUACCAUCAGUGUUAGAUAAAACAUCUAUUUUGAAAGGGACAGGGUAUAUAUUUAAAAUCCACCUCAAAGCCAUUUCAUGUUCUGAGUUGCUGGUUGGUCUUGAGGUGUUCUGUCCUGACAUGGCUCAGUGUUUUUGUUUGUUUGUUUUUUUUGUUUUGGAAAUGUACAUGCAGUUAUAACCGAGUGUAUUUACAAAUGGAAGACCGAGGCCAUAACUCACCCUGAUAAUGGCGGUCUCAUUGCUGUCCAAAGGAUACGCUCUUUUUCGAGUGAAGUAUCUUGUGUGGUGUACACGUUUGAGCUGAUGUCAUUACUUUCCCACAGAGCAUUGUCAGCACUCAGAAGUCUUAAAGCACAAGCUCCUCUGCCUUUAAAACUGUAUGAGGCUGAUCUCAUACCGUAAAAUUAAAUGUCUUUCAGUGCCACUGACCUCAUGUCAACAUGUGUGUAAUGAAGAUUGCAAAUGUGUCCAAAAUUCCUGUGUGCGUUUCUGUUUGUGUUGUGUUGUUUCAUAGGUGUGUAAUUCACCUUCCUGAUAGCGAUGAAUACAUACAAGUGCUAUGAAGUGCCAAGUUUCCCUAAAACUUAAUCAAUGCAGUAUUUAGAGUAAACUUGACUGCACUGUGAUUCCAGUGGUAAUGUUUACAUGUCCUAAUGUGUGUUAGUGAAUAUGAGAUAGAUAUGUGUAUAUUAAUUCUGUCAUAAUGCACCAAGGGUUCUUCUGCAAUAUAGUUUAAGAGAACGUGAAAAGUAUACAAUAAAGACAUACUUGAGUUAC